AUGGCGGACGAUGAGGGUAAUGACGAUAUGGGAGGAGACUCCGAUGAUGGAGACGAGGAUGAAUUUGAUGAAGAAAAUGACGACGGAGUACAUAUGGGCGGAAUUCAAAAUGGUGAACAAGGCGCUGGUGAUCGAGCAACAACUGGAGGGGAAUUGGGAGCCGGUGGUGAACGUAUGGAUUUAAUAAAUGAUGAUGAGAUGGGUGGCGGAGGAAAUUUACAACUACGUACAGAUCCAUCAAAACGUAUAACAACACCAUAUAUGACAAAAUAUGAACGUGCUCGAGUACUUGGCACUAGAGCAUUACAAAUAGCCAUGUGUGCACCAUUGAUGGUUGAACCAGAUGGUGAAACAGAUCCACUGCAGAUUGCUAUGAGAGAAUUAAAAGAGAAAAAAAUACCUAUGAUCAUACGACGAUAUUUGCCUGAUGGAAGUUAUGAAGAUUGGAGUAUUGAUGAACUCGUUAUUACAGAUUAA